AUGGAGACUGAAAUCCUUGUGGAGGUUCCAGUUGAAUUGUCAGAGGAGGAUGAAAGGAUGUAUCACCAAGGACAGAAUCAAGCACCACUGAUCAGAGGAUGGAAAAGAUUAAGUGGUAAGAAUCACUUGUCUAGACAUGAGAAGGCUCACGAGGGUCCAAUUCAGAAUCAUAAGAGGAGAUAUUGUCCUGAUGAAGAGGAGGAUACAAGAGUGGCACUUUUGAGAUGGAGUAAAGGGUUUAGAUCUGCAGAGGUAGAAGAAAAACAGAGAGUUUCAGAGAGGAUAAUGCACAUCGGGGGUGUUGGUAACCCUAAUCCCCUUCUCCCUACACUUGGCCAGGUCGAUCUUAUCCAAUCCCACGUUCAAGCACGGAACAAUCUCCAAUUUCAACAGCGCAUCGAUCAACUUGGUGGUGGCGUUGGUGGCAGCGCUCCCCACCACGACGCAGAUUGA